AUGACGAGGCCUGCUUUCUCAGAAGAAUUCGUCGAUUAUUACGAUGUGCUAGGGAUUGAAAGUAACAGCGAUUAUGUACAAAUUAGGCAACAAUAUUUAAAACUCGUUUUACGUUUUCAUCCAGACAGAAAUCCAGGACGGGAGCAGGAUGUGAUUCCUCAUUUCCAGUUGAUUCAAAGGGCGCAUGAAGUUCUACGAGAUGAAAAGUUACGGGAAUUAUAUGACCAAAAACGACUAUUAGAAUUGGGAAGAUUGGAUGGAUUAUCGAGAUUUCGCCCUAAAAGGACAAGUAAUAAUUCCCCAAACUGGAGAACUCCUAAUGUAACUUCAAAAGUGAGCGCAAAAGUCUCACAAUACUUUUCUACAAGUAAAAAUAAGGGCGGAUUAGGAAAUGAACACAAACAUGAAUCUCCUUACCGUCCUUUGUCGUCCUCUGAACGGCAGAGACAUUCAUCCACCUUCAUAAAGAAGAGCCCCAACUCUAGCCCAGUACCUGCAAGACAUCACGAAGAUCAGAAACAGCUAUAUUCCUCCCCUAAUAAUACUUCUCAUGAACCUGGUUCACCCAACAAUACAAAUGCUUAUAGUCGAUUUCAGCCACUCUCCAAGUUUGAAGCAAAAAUAUACUUAGAGUCUUUACGCGAAAAGCGUCGUUCUUUCAGUUCAACUCCCAAAUCGGACAAUACCUCUUACACCCGUUCUCCUACUCCUACCUCCAGUUCUCAUUUAGUACAUUCAUUUUCUAGCCAUGGCAGGUCGUCAUCGUGUUCAGAUCCUCCCCAAAGUCCAGAGUCUUUUUCCUUUCCACUCAACUCACUUUCCCCUUCACCUCGUCAACCUCAGCUUUAUAAAAAACAUGAUCUCCGUCAACAUCGUCCGUCCUCAAUAUCAACAAAUAACGAUUUUCGCUCAAACUCAAGCUAUUAUCCUAAUCCAGCAACUUUUGAGGAGAUAGAAGAAAACCAAGAUGAUUCUUUACGGCCUCCCAACUCCGCUAAUUCUGUUUCCUCAUCAGCCGAAUAUCAUAAUGAACUACAAAAAGUUUUACGUUCUCUCGAAAGAGAAGAAGAAUCUGAAGAUGAAAUAGCUCAGUUGCUUCCAAAACCACCUACCUUCCCUCAAAUCAAAGCUCCAAUUCCUCCUCAGUUACCAACAAACAUUUCAAAUGAAACCAUCGAUAAGUACUUUAAUGACUUUGAAUUGGAUCUCAUGAAUACUCCAGGCCACAGCAGACUAUUGCAAAACUGGAAAGAGGGAACUCGAAACGCCAGAGAAUUUCUAGCCUAUGAAGAAAUGCAUUACAAAGCCAUUUCGGAUUUACAGUCCUUCAAAGAAUCUUUAUUCUCGUCCCUCAACCUUUAG